CGCGUCGCCCUUCGUUUUGGUCUGGCGUCUCUAACCUUAUACCCUCUUCCUGAAGACGAAACAACCCAAAAUCACAAAAGAAAAACCUAGCUCUCCUCCAUUGAAGCCACUUCCAAAGACAGCAUUUACUUCCGAGUUUUUUCGCAGUUUCGGUUUACAAGUCUGUUCUAGAAAGUUAUGGGAGACAGCGAGGCCAUGGUUGCCGAGGGCUAUACCUCUGCUCCAUAUGGAGAUUAUAAUGCUUCUGCUGCUACCGUGGAAUCGACAGGGCAAGAAAACACCAUUCCUGUAAACCAGAGCAAUGCAACGAAUGUUGAUUCGUCUCAAUCGGUCAGUAAUGUGUCUUUGGUCAAUGGGAAUGCCCCUGAAGGUGGUUUGACUGCGCCAGUUGAGAAUGGAAUUGCAACAGAUAACGUGUCUGUAACAGCUCCAGCAGCGGAGCAUGGAGACAAUCCUGGCUCUACUCUUUCAGCUGAAGAGGAGCGCCUAUGGAAUAUCGUCAGGGCUAAUUCAUUAGAGUUCAAUGCUUGGACUGCUCUGAUUGAUGAGACAGAGAGGAUAGCUCAGGACAAUAUAGCAAAAAUCCGGAAGGUGUAUGAUGCGUUCCUAGUUGAGUUCCCUUUGUGUUAUGGCUAUUGGAAGAAGUAUGCAGACCAUGAGGCUCGGGUAGGGGCAAUGGACAAAGUCGUGGAAGUUUAUGAAAGAGCAGUGCAGGGAGUGACAUAUUCAGUGGACAUCUGGUUGCAUUAUUGCGUUUUUGCCAUCAAUACGUAUGGAGAUCCAGACACCAUCAGAAGGCUUUUUGAACGAGGUUUGGUUUACGUCGGAACUGAUUUUCUGGCAUCUCCAUUGUGGGACAAAUACAUUGAGUAUGAGUACAUGCAGCAGGACUGGAGCCGACUUGCCAUGAUUUACACCAGAAUAUUGGAGAAUCCUAUUCAAAAUCUCGAUAGAUACUUCAGCAGUUUUAAGGAACUAGCUGAAACACGACCUCUGUCGGAGCUAAGGAGUGCUGAGGAAUCCGCGGCAGCUGCUGCUGCUCCUGCUGCUGCUCCUGCUGCUUUUGAUGCUUCUGAAAAUGCACCAUCUGAGUCUGAUGGAAAGGCAGAUGAAGGAAAAUCUCAAGCUGAUGGUUCCACCGAACAGUCUUCUAUAUUGGAAACUGCUGGUUCAACUGAUCCGGAGGAGUUGAAGAAAUACAUAGGCAUCAGAGAAGCCAUGUAUAUAAAAGCCAAAGAGUUUGAAUCUAAAGUAAUUGGUUUUGAAAUGACUAUAAGAAGGCCCUAUUUCCAUGUGCGGCCUCUCAAUGUUGCAGAGCUGGAGAAUUGGCAUGACUAUUUGGAUUUCAUUGAGAGGGAUGGAGACUUCAAUAAGGUGGUCAAGCUGUAUGAAAGAUGUGUUGUUGCAUGCGCAAAUUAUCCUGAAUACUGGAUUCGAUAUGUACUAAGCAUGGAAGAAAGAGGAAGUAAGGACCUUGCAGACAAUGCCCUUGCUCGAGCAACUCAAAUUUUUGUCAAGAAACAACCAGAGAUUCACAUUUUUGCUGCUCGAUUAAAAGAGCAGAAUGGGGAUAUAGCUGGUGCUAGAGCUGCAUUCCAAUUAGUGCAUUCCGAAAUUUCUCCCGGACUUCUUGAAGCAGUAAUUAAACAUGCGAACAUGGAACAGCGACUGGGAAAUCUGGAUGAUGCUUUCUCUUUGUAUGAGCAAGUGAUUGCUGUUGAAAAGGGCAAAGAGAACUCCACAUUACUACCGCUGCUGUAUGCUCAGUAUGCAAGGUUUACAUACUUGGUUUCAGGGGAUGCUGAGAAAGCUAGGAGGAUUGUAGUCGAAGGACUUGACCACGUGCAACUGUCAAAACCUUUCAUGGAAGCACUGAUUCAUUUUGAGAGUAUUCUGCCACGACCAAGACAGAUUGAUUACCUUGAGCCACUUGUAGAAAAAGUUGUAAAGCCAAAUGCAGAUACCCAGAACAUUGCAAGUUCCACUGAGAGAGAAGAGCUGUCGUUAAUAUAUAUAGAGUUCCUGGGCCUUUUUGGAGAUGUUAAGUCCAUUAGAAAAGCAGAAGAUCAACAUGCUAAACUCUUUUUACCUCGCCGUAGCACGUCAGAGCUGAGAAAACGUAGCGCAGAUGAUUAUCUCUCUUCAGAUAGGACGAAAAUGGCAAAAACUUACAACGGUACUCCGCCUGCUCAGCCAGUGUCCAAUGCAUAUCCAAACGCACAGGCUCAAUGGUCCGGUGGCUUCGCUGCACAGCCUCAGACCUGGCCGCAAGCACAAGCCGCUCCUGCACAACCGCAACAAUGGAAUCCUGCCUAUGGGCAACAGGCUGCCUAUGGUGCAUAUGGUGGCUAUCCCGCUGGCUAUACCACUCCACAAGCACCAACGCCUGUGCCACAGACCGCUGCUUAUGGCGCCUAUCCUGCUCAGUCAUAUCCAGCACAGAGUUAUGCACCUCCAGUUGCAGCUGCAGCGGCAGCUGCGGCACCAGUGGCUGCGCCGGCGCAGCAACCAGCUGCUGCUCCUCAAGCCUACUACAACACUUACUACUGAGCCUGUGGAUGUUGCUGACAUGCUGUUGCUGAAGCUGGUCCGUUUUUGUCGUGGGAACUACAGUCAUUUGCUCCUUACCUACUCAACAGAGCCUUGUCUAUGUUAUCAGUGACAUUAGUUUACUUCUUUAGUUGCUUGGAUUUUCGCUGGUCCUGUUUAAGAUUGUAACCAGAGAAGUUUGAAUCGAUGAGCCGGGUAGUGUGA